UUUUCUUUGCUCGACAUUGAUUUAAGGUUAAGUUAAGAUAUGUCAUGAGACUUUCAGAGUAGAUCAUAAAGUAUAAACAAUGUCUAGUCAAACAAAUUGUAAAGUAAAUUCGGACGGCAGUGUGUGUUUGAAAGAAAUUCUCAAUUCCUUCAACUCUCCAAUUCGUGAAGAACACGCUUGGGCUUUGUGUUAUCAAUUUGCAAAAUAUUUCAGUGGGUGUCUUGCUUCCAGGAGGCGAGAUUUAUACAUCGUUAAAGAAGUAGAACAUGUUUAUCUUCAAACUGAUGGUAACGUUCAUGAAAAUACAACAAAACCUUUGGGAGAUUCUAGGAAAUUGUUACAAAACGAAUCAGACAUAAUUGGUUCAAUAGGAGUAGUGAUAUAUACUACAUUAAGUCAGGGUACAGAAACUGGAGAAGAAAGGUUAAUAAGCCAGGAUUUGGAGUCGUUGAUAAGUGAUAUGAUACCGGAUGAUACUUCCCAUCAUGAGACUGAUGAUGAGGGUAUUGAGAGGGAUUCCGAAGAGACUGAUGAGGCAGGGCCUUCAAAAGUUAGUACCCAGAUAACUCUAGAAGAAAUCAUUACUCGCUGUGAAGUUCACCUUGGUACCUUAACAAAAAAUCAAGUGGAAGCCCAUUAUAAGGCUGUAGUCAGAGCAUUUGUUACUGAAGCACUGGAAUUAUCAAUGUUUCUUCAAAAGGUAGAACAAGGAAGUAUUUCAUUACCAACAAAUAGUGCUAUGAAUCCCAAUUUAACCCAGUUGAAUUUCUCUGACUGGGCAAAGUUUUGGGUUCAGGUAAUGAGUGAACUGAGGACAGGUGUUAAAUUGAAAAAAGUAAACUACAGCAAAGCACCAAUCGAGUAUGAACUGACCCCAUAUGAAAUUUUAAUGAAGGACAUUAGGACCUGUAGAUAUAAUUUAAGAAAAAUAAUGAUAAAUGGAGAUGUACCUUCUAGAGUAACCAAAGAUGCUCAUGCAAUCAUCUUAGAAUUCAUCAGAUCUCGGCCUCCUCUGAGAAAAGCCUCAGAAAGAAAACUACCUGAACAGCCACAAAGUUUUACACCAAGAGAGAAACUUCUCAAUUCUAUCAGAUUGGGCAAGAAACUUAGGCCAACUCCAAGUCCAAGAAUAAGCCGCACAUUAUCGUCUUCAGAAUCAUCUAAAGAAUUAACCAAACCGAAAAAGCUCAUUAAAGUAGAUUUCAGUCAGUUGGAGGAUUUUGAUGAUGAUGAUGAAGUUUCCGAGAGCCCAGACAUCUCUGAACCUGGUUUGUGGUCUUCUGAAUAUUCACAAAUUUGCGCCACAACUGAUGCAGCAUUAGAACCUUAUGAUCUAGCAAUUCAAGAUGUAGGUUCUCGAACUAAUGUGAGAAGACAUACUCUGGGUGUUUUAAAUAGUAAUUUAGGUUGUUACUCGGUACCCCAGUCCCGACCCUGUUCAAGACAAUCUUGUAAUAGUUCAGAAGCUGAAUCUGUACAGUUAGAACCUGAGGUAGCUAAAUUAAUUCAAGAAGGACUGAUAGAUAUGAAGAAAUGGGAAGACAGCUUAUCAUUAGAGGAUAGAUUGUCCUUAACACUAUCUGAAAUAGUGCACAUUCGUUCGGUUCUAACAAAAGCAGAAUUGGAUGCUUUACCAUCUGAAGGCCGUAUUCGACAUGAUGUAGAAGCCCGGAAAGUUUGUUUCCUCUGCCUGAAAACAAGAUUUGGCAUAUUUGGUCCUUGGGGACAGAGGUGUACCUUAUGUAAGCGUACCAUAUGUUCUAAAUGCUAUUCCAAGAUGAAUAUACCUAUGGAACACUUCUCUACUGUACCUGUUGUGUUGCUCAGUCCUAGUAUUAUGGCAACUCCUGAAGAUGAGAUGAGCAAUAGCUUCACGAGAUCAUUAGUUGUUAAGAUGAAAGAAGCUGAAGGAAUCUUGAACAAAGAAAGCCCAACUGCUAGUGCUGGUAGUGAAGAUGAUAGGGAAUGCAAUAUGUUAGAUGCAAAACCCACCACUGCCAGCCGAGCCGCCAGGGUUAUGAAUAAAUUGAAAACAGGGAACCAAAUGGUGGUAUGUCAUGAUUGCAAGAGGAUGGUUCUUCAAAUAAUACAAUCUGCCAGAGUAAACCGAUCAGCUAUUCGAAACAAAACAAUUCAAAAUAUGACCUUGAAUUUAUCUCCAGUUUUUUGAAUUAUCAUUCAUUUUCCAUUGAAUAAAAUCGUAAGUAACAUUCCAUUUCUCAUUUGAAUGAAUUUUUUGUGAUAUGAAUCAUUGUACGAAACAAAAUGAUAUUAUAUUAAUAAGAUGGCACAAGUUACCUCUAAUUUAAAGAUUUCUAGAACUCUGAGAUAGGAAUAUAAUAUGACAAAACUUUUUUUAUUUCCUUAGAUGUUUCUUGCAGUGAUAUUGUUCAUUUACACUGUGAUUUUUUUGUGAAUUUCAGUGUAAUGUUUUUCAACAUUGCGAAUUGUAUAUAUAAAUAUUAGUUUUCAAAGUUCCUAAAAAGGGAUAAUAUUUUUGUUAUUGACUUGUAAUUUAAAUUUGAACCUAUAGUUUUUUGUUCAUAGUCCUUCAUAUAAGGGGAAUUGAUUAGUGAUUGAUAGGACCAUUGUUAUUACAUCAGAUGUUUAUUAAGAAUCAAAAAUAGUAACUUACAAUUUACCUUGCAGUUUUCUGUUUUUACAUUCUGUAUCAGGCUUAAUUCAAAUUGUUGCAGAGUAUUAACAGAAGAUAGACAUUUUUAGACUACUAUAAUUCUUCUUAACAGGACUUCCAUUUCGUUAUUAGCUUAUGUAUAUAUGUAAAAAUUAAUUAUUUUAAAUUUUCAUCUUGUGAUUUUCUGUUUUAUUGUUUAUUGUGUAGAUAUUUUUUUGUUGUCAGUUUUUUAAGCUUAAAAAGGUAGAGAAAUGUAGUAUGUGUAGUUAAAUAAUAUAUAUCUAUUGAUGGUUGAGUCACUCAGGAUGUUACCAGUGUACUAGAAUUUCUGUUCGGGAUUACAUUUGACUGAAAUAGGGGAAAUAUUCUGGGAAUGUUAUGAAUAAUUGAGUGUACUUUCAAUUAGAUUUGUAUUGCUAUCGGGAUGAAGAAUGAACUUUACUUGUUCACUGAGUUAUGAACAUGAACAUGAUCAAAUCGGUAACAUUUUGAAAAGUUUAAUAAUAAGGAUGAAUGUGGUUUUUUAUUAUCUCAAAUCAUUCUUCAUAUGAAAUCGGAAUCGCAUUAGUUUGGUUUUAUAAAGUAAUUUAAAAAUAAGAUUUGAUGAGAAAUAUUCAAUAGCUCCUACGCUCAGAUAUACAGGGUGUUGCA